GCCAGAGGCCCGGGAUGAGGAACUUGGCAGAGAGGAGGCCCAAGGGGUGCUGCAGCCCAGGCCCUCGCCAUGGAGUCCAUGUUUGAGGAUGACAUCAGUAUCCUGACCCAGGAAGCCCUGGGCCCCAGUGAGGUGUGGCUUGACGCUCCCGGAGACCCAUCGCUGGGGGGAGACAUGUGCUCCGCCUCCCACUUUGCCCUCAUCACAGCCUAUGGAGACAUCAAGGAGCGCCUGGGGGGCCUGGAGAGGGAGAAUGCCACCCUUCGGCACCGCCUCAAAGUUUAUGAGAUCAAGUACCCGCUGAUCAAUAACUUCGGAGAGGAGCACGGCUUCUCUCUGUAUGAAAUCAAGGAUGGCUCCCUGUUGGAGGUGGAGAAGGUCAGCCUGCAGCAACGGCUCAACCAGUUCCAGCAUGAGUUGCAGAAGAAUAAGGAGCAGGAAGAACAGCUCGGGGAGAUGAUCCAGGCUUACGAGAAACUCUGUGUGGAGAAGAACGACCUGGAGACAGAGCUUGGGGAGAUGCGGGCCCUGGUGGAGACCCACCUGCGGCAGAUCUGUGGUUUGGAGCAGCAGCUGCAGCAGCAACAAGGCCUCCAGGACACAGCGUUCUCCAGCCUGAGUCCCCCGCCGGCCCCUGCCCCGCCCUGUGCUGAUCUGGACCUGCACUACCUGACUCUGAGAGGGGGAUCUGGCUUGAGUCACGCAGGCUGGCCAGGCCCCACGCCGAGUGUGAGUGAGCUGGAGCGGAGGCGCCUGGAAGAGGCCCUGGAGGCUGCCCAGGGAGAAGCCCGGGGGGCCCAGCUUCGGGAGGAGCAGCUCCAGGCCGAGUGCGAGCGGCUACAGGAGGAGCUGAAGCAGCUGCAGGAGAGCCGGGCCCAGGAUCUGGCCUCCAACCAGUCGGAGCGGGAGAUGGCGUGGGUGAAAAGAGUUGGAGAUGAUCAGGUUAACUUGGCGCUGGCUUACACGGAGCUGACGGAGGAGCUGGGCCGCCUCCGGGAGCUGAGUUCUCUGCAGGGCCGCAUCUUGAGGACGCUGCUGCAGGAGCAGACCAGGAGCUGCGGCCAGAGGCACUCGCCGCUGUCGCAGCGCCACUCCCCGGGCCCCCAGUGCCCCUCCCCGUCCCCGCCUGCUCGAGCGGUGCCCCCGUGCCCCCCGUGCCAGUCCCCCGUCCCCCAGCGCCGCUCCCCAGGCCCCCCGUGCCCCUCACCCCAGCAGCGCCUCUCGCCGGCCUCGCCCUCCUGCCCAUCGCCCGUCCCGCAGCGCCGGUCGCCGGUGCCGCCGCCGCCGUGCCAGUCCCCCAGCCCGCAGCGCCGGUCCCCGGGGCCCCCCGCCGGCCCGGCCCCGCCGCCCCGGCCGCCGCCGCCCCUCCCGCCGCCGGGGGAGAGGCCGCUGGCCGAGCGCGCCUACGCCAAGCCGCCCAGCCACCACGCCAAGGCCGGCUUCCAGGGCCGGCGCAGCUACUCGGAGCUGGCCGAGGGCGCGGGCUACGCGGGCGCCUCCCCGCCCUGGCUGCAGGCCGAGGCCGCCACGCUGCCCAAGCCGCGGGCCUACGGCGCCGCCGAGCUCUACGGCCCCGGCCGGCCGCUCAGCCCGCGGCGCGCCUUCGAGGGCAUCCGCCUGCGCUUCGAGAAGCAGCCGUCGGAGGAGGAGGAGUGGUCCGUGCCCCCCAGCCCGCCCAGCCCCGAGGCGGGCGCCAUCCGCUGCUCCUCCUUCUGCGCCGGCUUCCCCAUCCCCGAGUCGCCGGCAGCCACGGCCUAUGCCCACGCCGAGCACGCGCAGUCCUGGCCGUCCAUCAACCUGCUGAUGGAGACAGUGGGCUCCGACAUCCGCAGCUGCCCGCUCUGCCAGCUGGGUUUCCCUGUCGGGUAUCCGGAUGACGCCCUCAUCAAACACAUUGACUCCCACCUGGAGAACAGCAAGAUCUAGGGUGCCUCCCCCACCCACUGGCUGUUUCCCUGCCCUCCCCCAUUACCCCCAAGCACUCACUCACUUUGAAUGCUGCAUGAAUCUUGUGGGGGGCCCCUGCCCCUUGCGACCCCCGGAUACCUCCACUAGCUACCGAGUGAACGUGUGUGCCAUCUUCCCUGGUCCAGGCACCACUCAGCCCUGGCUCUUCCCAGGAGGUCAGUCAAGGCUCUCCCCAGCUCCCUGGCUUCCAAGGGAAGAUGGAGAUUUGGGCUGGGACGGGGAGGGGGUACCCUACCCACCCUCUCCCUCUGCCUUGCUGUUCUCAAACACAGUUGGAUCCAAGGAGAUGUCUAGUGGUUGGGCCUGGGGGAGAGGGAGGGCAUCAAAGGACUCCAGGAGCUCCCUCAGCCCCUCCCCAGACACCCAUCUUUCUCAGGCCGUGCUCUGCCCAAGGAGCACAGCCUGAGUGGGGUUCCAGAGCCUGCCCUGCACACUGAUGCCAGUUCCUCCAUCCCAUGGCCAGCUCAGGGCGUGUGGCCUGGGCCCCUAUUGGGGGAAGGAGACACCUUGAUUCUUGCCACUCUCUGCAGGCCAGUCCUGUUCUCCCCCUCUGCCCACCCUGGGGAACAGGGAGGGUGGGAGAGGAGAGGGAGGACCCUGAAGGACUGGGAGGACCCAGCCUAAAGAGGCUGCCCUAUGGGCCAGGGGUCCCUGCACCAUGACCCUCAGGCCAGGGGACUGUCUGUGCCAGCCUUCUAGGCCCGUGCACUCCCCCUGGAGCCCCCGGCACCGAGGCACAGGUGGUUAUGGCAGUUGCUCUCCUCCCCUCUUCCCCCACCUGAGCCCCUGGCACCACAGGUACCCCGGAGCCCGUGUGUGACUCAGGCUCUGUUAGCCGGGUGGGUGCCGUCAGCCCUGCCUCCCAGGCCAGAACCUAAGGAUGGGCCCAGGGUGAUGUGGAGAUCAAAUACAAAAGAGCUAACCCCUUUCCCACACCCCAGUGACCCACAUUCCCUCUGUGAAAUCUACCUCAGAGUUGUACCCUCAGAAGGACGGGUAAGCAGGAGGCCAGGGGGUCCCGGGGCUGAGGUGGGGAGCUUCCUACAGCAAGAGCCUGCCACCCACGGUGAACCCACCCCCCACUGCCAGCCUCUCCUGGGUCUCAGCCCCAGGCCGGUGGCAGUGGACGCUACUGUCAGUGCAUGUACCAUUCUGAUCCAACUCUUCCAGGCCCCUACCUCCUCACACGUCUCCCCUCCCCCUCCGCGCAGGGGAGCAAAGGGGGGUGUCAGGCGGGGAAGGGGCCAAGGACUCCAGAGACACAUGGCAUUGUACCUUGAGUGUGCCCCCA